AUGGCUGCUUCGACUGUCACAGAGACGUCAGUAAUAGAAAAGCAAGUAUGUGAUAACAGAUUUAGAAAAAAAUAUGAACUGAAGAGACGUACGCUCUGUGGCGACCGCUUUAAUAAUAACACUAAAGAUUCAUGUGUUUACGAAGAAACCCGUCCCAAGGAACCUAAGUUUUUAGCACCACUAAGAGAAUGGGAGAAGAAAAUGGGCUUUGUGACAGCGAUCCGAUGGACCAGCGUAAUACCAAUAGUCUCCUAUCACAUUAUAACUAUAUUAGCUGUUAUUUAUUAUAUAUCACGAGGUCUAAUACCGAAGUGGCAAACAUUCGUAUUUGGUUACAUGAUGGGUCAAGUAGCCGGUUUCGGAGUAACAGCAGGAGUACACCGCUACUGGACGCAUCGAUCAUAUAAAGCCACGCUGCCACUUCGUAUAAUCCUCAUCAUCUGCUACUCCGUUGCUGGUCAGAACAACAUAUACAAUUGGGUGCGUGACCAUAGGGUCCACCAUAAAUUCUCUGAGACAUCAGCUGACCCUCACGAUGCUCGCCGAGGCUUCUUCUUCUCUCAUGUCGGUUGGUUGAUGAUGAAGAAACAUCCCGAUGUUAUCCGAGAAGGCAGCAAAACUGACAUGAGCGAUAUAGCAAAUGAUCGUCUUGUACAGUUCCACACAAAAUACUUUAAUCUUUUUAAAAUUUUCUUCUGCUUUCUGCUGCCAACCCUUGUACCUGUCUAUGUGUGGGAGGAUAACUGGGAAAGCGCCAUACUAUCACAACCACUGUUAAGAUAUGUGUUGAGUCUUAACUUUACCUGGUCCGUCAACAGCUUCGCUCACAUAUGGGGAAAUAAGCCUUACGAUAGACACAUAAUGCCUGCGGAAAAUUGGGGCGUAUCCGCUGUAGCAAUGGGCGAAGGAUGGCACAACUAUCACCAUACCUUUCCAUGGGACUACAAAGCGUCAGAGCUGGCGUAUGUCAACAACAUCACCACGACCAUCCUGAACUUGUUUGCCAAAAUAGGUUGGGCCUACGAUAUGAAGCAAGCCUCACCCAGCCUUAUUAAAUCAGUUAUAGAGAAUAGAGGUGUGAUCGGAUAA